AUGAUGCGUUCUGUGGAUGAGCACAGAGAUGUCGACCUUGAGAAGGAGGACAGGGACCUCAUCGACCUCAAACCACGGAGUGUUCCUGCCCCGGAACUCGUCCGCGAGCCCCUCUUCACCCACUCGACGGGCGCCUAUCCAUUCGACAUCGUCACAGUGGUCCUCAUGAUGGAGCUCUUCAAGAUUGUCCUCACCAUGACCUUCCACUGCUACAUGGCGGGAACGACGGACGUGGUGGGACAGAUCCAGUCGUUCGCCUCCGAGUGGCGGGCUGGCGUGUGGUUCGCCGUUCCGGCCUUCAUCUACACCCUCUACAACUGGCUCCUCUACCUCAACCUCGUCUACUUUGACCCCGUCUCGUAUCGCGUGCUCAUCAACAUGCGCGUCAUCUUUUCCGGCCUGUUCGUUACCUUCUGCUUCGGCAAGCGCCUUGGUCCGGUGAAGUGGUUUGCCCUGGUCCUGCUGGCCCUGGGCUGCGCCGUCAACCAGCUGGGCGAGAACUUUGAGCUCAAAACAGACAUCUUUUAUCUGUGUACCAUCACCAUCCAGGCGUUGGCCUCCUCCGGUGCUGGCGCCUUCAACGAGUGGCUUCUGAAGAGGGACAUCAAGAUGGGCAUCAACCAGAAGAACAUCUACCUCUACUUCUUCUCCCUCUGCUUCAACCUCACCCUCAUCCUCCUCAACCGGCCCCAGAUCCUCUCCUCGACCGAGCUCUUCUUCAACGGCUGGACGCACGCGACUGUCGUGCUGGUGGUUUUGGGCGCCUUCUGCGGCUUCACCACGGCUCUCUUCCUGCGCUACCUCAACAUCAUCCUGAAGGAGUACGCCCACGGCGGAGAAAUGUUCGCAACGGCCUUUGCGUCGCGGAUGCUCUUCGACGUGCCCCUCACGCCGCAAACCUUCGUCUCCAUCUUCGUCACCGCCGUCUCGGUCGUCAUGUACGGCACGGCCAAGGAACCCGAACAACCCGAGGCCGCGGCCAACCGCGACCGACGGACUUGA